CACCCAAGAACAUGCAAACAUUCUGCUCGUGUUUGAUCCUUUUGUCUUUUAUUUAUGGCAAUGGGAAUAGCAGCGCUAUGACCUGUGCUCUAACAGAAACUUAUGAGACUAGUGUAUGUAUAGAAAACACGUAUACCGAUUUCAAUUACCAGCUGACCUCAGGAAUUAUUGAGAAUUCAGAAAACUCAGAUUUUCGCAUUGAAAUAAAGUUAUGUGAAACUGGAACUUCAAGUACAGCUUGCAGAUGCCUAUGGAUAUCUAAUAAGGCUCCAGCUUGUAAAAGUCUGAGGAAUGACUCGACUUGUGAGGCCGACAAAUCCAAAAUGCGUUUCUCUUUGCUUGUGAAGAGAAUAUAUACAGAUAUCCAGUGGAUAUCAUUUAAACAGAAUUAUGCUCCAGCUGUUCUUAAGCAGGUAGCAUUACAAGUCACCUACCCAGCAAAAAUUACAGGAUUGCGUGUGAACGGAGAGGCGGUUAACGGAACACACCUUGCAGAUGAGAACCAAGAGGUCAACAUUUCUUGUUUCUUUACGAAUGGAAGCCCUCUCGUAAGUAUCCGAAUACUGGACAACACAGGACACACGUUGAGUUCCACAAAACACGGAGAUGGGCCUCUUGCGUUGUCUCUCGGAGUCUAUCAAUGUCAGGAUGUCUGGCCGGUCAUCAGAUGCGAGGCGGCUGGCUCAGAAAUUAACCGAUCCGUGGCCAUUCUUGUCAGAUGUCCACCACAGCUUUCCUACAUGAAUACUCAAGUCUCAGAUUUAAGAAGAGUUCAAGAGGAAGGUCUGAAUUUUUCCAUGAAAGCCUAUACGAGCGACAUCAGGAAAUGUCUGAUGACCCAGGUGCAGUCUCGAGCUUCCGCGAGGGAAGUGAAAUGCGAUGUGCGUGGACAUCCCCCAGAGUUCACACUGACCGUAAGAGUUUUCAAUGAAUCCUGGAUUAGAGAAGGGAUUUGGACAUUGCAAAUCAUGACAGAGCUUGGUGCUUCAAGCAUUACUUUCCAACUUAUCAACAGUACAGGUUAGUAUGAGACCAAUUAUAGCUUUGCCUUCUAUUUUACGAUGUUGAAGGGACUUUAACAUUUUAGUGUGUAGCAGCAUUUUUGGUUUAGUAUGCAACAAAUAAGGAAUGUUUCCUGGGUCAGAAAUAAAAGAAAAAGAUUUCAUUCAGAGAAGGGAAGAAACACAUUUCUUGGUUAUUCCUUAACUGUAAAAUGAUUUUCAGACUUGUUGAAAUUACAGUAUCUGUAAGAAAGGCAAUGAAUAGGAUAAAAACACACAGCGUACAUUUGUUAAUACUUGUGUAAUACUGUAUACUAAGACAGACUUAAAACGGUUACAAAUUCUACUUUAAAUCAAUUGUUAUUCUAUAAUUAUUUUUUAUUACUCUUGGUAAGCCUCCCUAUUUACCCAUGUAAGAGCCUGAAGUCUGAGUAUGCAUUUUCGAGGGUACUUGAAAAGUGUAAGGUGGCAAGCCUCCAUUUGUACUAGUAUACUACCUAUGUUGCUAUGGUUCAAAGGAAGGAGGAAGAGCGCGAAGUAGAGCUAUGCAUGUAUAUCUUUCUCUCUUUCUCGGAGAGGAGGGUGAAAUCUUUGACCAGAUGCUUAGGAAAUUAGAAUGAGACAAUAUCCAGUCGGACGUUUAAGUUAGUGUCUCUCCGCCAAAAUCUUUGUAUCUCAAAAACUGAUUUCAUCGGAAAAGAAAAGAGCCUUCAAAACCCGAAGGAAGUAAGUCGACCAAAAGAUAAUUUUCUUCGUAACACUGGCAUCUGGAAAUCUUCAAACAGAACACAAAGGUUUGAUAUUUUUUUGUGGAAAGUAAGUAAAUUUCCUUUUUUUAUAUUUUUUGUUCAGACAGAUCCUUCCAUUUCGUUUG